AUGAAUGUGAAGGACAGCUGGCAGGAGAUCCAGAUUCUCAUUCUAGUCCUGACUGUAUCUUACUGGGAUGUUGUUGAAGUUUCCUCUAUAAGGCUUCCUGGAAGAGAAAGUCGAUCUAAAGAGCCAUUUGCAACAACCAUGGAGUUUAUAGUUGCGGAAAUUUCGAAUGCUUUGCUGCCAAUACUCCAGGAUAUGCCUUUUGCAUUCUUUGGUCACAGCAUGGGGUCAUAUGUUGCUUUUAUGACAGCUCUACACUUAAAAGUACAAGUUACAACCAGUGCAUUGUUUUUGUCAAGUGCAAAUCCUCCCUAUAAAAGCCCCUUUUUUGGCUCACAUAUUUCCAGUAUAUCAGAAGAGCAAAUGCUCCAUUUUGUCAUGAAUAACGAUGACACUUCCAAGGGCCCCUACAUUAUAAAGCACAUACAUACAGACUACUAUAACCUUACUGCAGCUUCCAGAUUCAUGGAAGGGGCCCCAAAUCAAGACCAAGGUGGAGUCAUAGUCACUGAAUGCUUUGUCAAACCAUCAAAGACUCCUCUUUCUUGUGAUAUUACAUGUUUUUCUGGGACUGAAGAUAUAGUAUAUGAAAUGGAAGGCUGGAAGAACAUAACCAGUGGGAGUGUUGAGAGUCACAAGCUUCCUGAAGGUCACUUUUAUCUCAUUAACCCUUCCAAUGAGACUUUCAUCAUAAACCACAUAACCAGAUGCCUUGAAAUAUCAUACUUUGCUUAA